GUGCGGGCUGCGCGACCAGUGCCAGACCCCGGAGGGCGCGAACGGCGAAGGGGAGAAGAGCGGAGCAGGGCGGAGCGGGGGCGGCGGCGAGGAAGGGGUUACGCCGUCGACGUCCGCGGCGCCAGGCUUCGUGUGUGAGCGACGCUGGCGCUGGGCCUGGCAAACGAGCUUUCCCGGCGGGCCAGCAGGUGGUUGACGCCGGCUCCUGGCGGAGCGCGGGGAGGAGAGAGGUGUCUGUAUCACCGGCGUAGUCGACGGCUGCCCGGCCAUGGAAGAGACGCAGCCGCUUCCGCAGUCCGAGCUGCCGCUGUGCGACAGCCUCAUCAUCUGGCUGCAGACUUUCAAUACUGCCGCACCUUGUCGAGAUGUCAAACAGCUGACUAACGGGGUUGCCAUGGCGCAAGUUCUUCAUCAGAUUGAUAUAGCUUGGUUCAAUGAAUCUUGGUUAAGCCGAAUUAAAGAGGAUAUGGGUGACAACUGGAGAAUAAAGGCUAAUAAUUUAAAGAAAGUACUUCAAGGAAUUAUGAGUUACUAUAAUGAGUUUUUGGGACAACAGAUUUCUGAAGAACUUAUCCCUGAUUUAAACCAAAUAACUGAAUGUUCCAAUUCUGUGGAGCUUGGGAGGUUGCUCCAGCUUAUUUUAGGUUGUGCAGUCAACUGUGAAAAGAAGCAAGAACAUAUUCAAACUAUAAUGACCCUGGAAGAAUCUGUGCAACAUGUGGUCAUGACUGCUAUUCAAGAGUUGAUGAGUAAAGAAAUACUAAGCUCUCCUACAAACGAUGCUGUUGGAGAAUUAGAGCAACAGCUUAAAAGGGCCUUGGAAGAACUUCAGGAAGCACUAGCAGAAAAAGAAGAACUGAGGCAAAGAUGUCAAGAAUUAGAUAUGCAGGUGACUGCACUACAAGAUGAAAAGAAUUCACUAGUUUCUGAGAAUGAGAUGAUGAAUGAAAAACUUGACCAAUUGGAUGGAUCUUUUGAUGAUCCAAAUACAAUGGUUGCAAAAAAGUAUUUUCAUGCACAUUUACAACUGGAACAAUUACAGGAAGAAAACUUCAGUCAAGAUCUUCACAUUAAACUUUCCUCUGAAUCCAAAAGGGCAGACACAUUGGCAUUUGAAAUGAAGCGGCUUGAAGAAAAACACGAAGCUUUACUGAAGGAAAAAGAGAGAUUAAUAGAACAGCGUGAUACUCUGAAAGAAACAAAUGAAGAGCUUCGAUGUGCACAAGUACAACAGGAUCACCUAAACCAAACAGAUGCAUCUGCUACAAAAAGUUAUGAGAAUCUUGCUGCUGAGAUUAUGCCAGUGGAAUAUAGAGAGGUGUUUAUUCGACUGCAACAUGAAAAUAAGAUGCUUCGCUUACAGCAGGAAGGUACUGAGAAUGAGCGCAUUGAGGAACUUCAGGAGCAGCUAGAACAGAAGCACCGUAAGAUGAAUGAAUUGGAGACCGAGCAAAGGCUGAGCAAAGAGCGCAUCCAAGAAUUGCAGCAGCAGAUUGAGGACCUCCAGAAGUCAUUACAGGACCAAGGCUCCAAGUCUGAAGGAGAAAGUUCCAGCAAACUAAAGCAGAAGUUGGAAGCUCAUAUGGAAAAACUAACAGAGGUCCAUGAAGAAUUACAGAAGAAGCAAGAGCUCAUUGAAGAUCUUCAGCCAGAUGUAAACCAGAAUGUACAAAAGAUCAAUGAACUUGAAGCUGCUCUUCAGAAGAAGGAGGAAGAUAUGAAAGCAAUGGAGGAAAGAUAUAAAAUGUACUUGGAAAAAGCAAGAAAUGUGAGUGACGUCAUGCCCCUGAUUAUAGCACUCUUCUUGUGUCUGUAUCGCUUACCCACUACCCUGCCUCACUUGUCCGGUUCUUG